AAAUGAUGCAUCUGAUGGCAGUGAAACUCUAAAACUUGAAGGGGGAAGGCUGUCCAGUUUCUUCUGGAUACAUGUCAGAAAUUGAAGGACUUCACUGAAAAAUAACCACGAUGCGACUGAGAUUGAGGUACUUUGGUCUUAUGAAGUACAGAUAUCGCUACGAUCCAGCUCUUUUUAAUUUUAGAACGUGGUUUUUUGUGAGAUAUAGAGUGGAACUUUUAUACAUUUAGUACUGCUUCAUAUGUGACAAUUUUUGAAUAUUUUUUCUGCUACGAGGGGAAAGCAGUUUUCAGAAGGAAAGGAAUUAUAUAUCGUCUUUAACUGGCAGUAAUUAUUGGCGGCCAACUGGCCGUAUUUUGAUCGAUAAUUCUGGUGACCAGUAUUUUUCUCGCCUUCCCUUCCCCCCCCCCCCCAUUUAGUACAGAUAUUUUAAUUUUUCACUUCAGACAAGUGACUAAAAUUGAAAAUUUAUUAGCCAAUUCUUAUUUCUAAUAGAAUCUUUUCACAUCAGGUGAUAAAUCACUAUUUUAAAGACAGAAGCGAAAAACAAAAUGAAUAAGAAAGUCAACAGCGAUUUAUUUUUACUACUUUUGUUAGUUGCUCGUUUGGGACUUGAACCCCACAUUCGUAUCAUCAACCGCUGGAAUCGAGAACCUGAGAGUCGUUCUGUUUUCCUUGGACCAACUUCUGCUUACACACAAAUUAAUUUUCACGCUCCAUUUUCAAGUGGUAGAUACCCACAUCCGAAAAGUAUAGAGUUGAACGAACUGGAUGAAGCAACGAUUUUAUUUAGUAGACUAAAUUUAUAUGAUUCAUUAAGAAAUGGCGGAAGCAACCUUAUAGCUUGCAUUGCCAACUCCCUAGAUAGUGAAGGUGGCGAUCAAUACCAUGAAAGUCAUAAUCCUGAAAGCCCUGGCAAUGGAUUCGUUGACCAUUCCAUACAAGCGACUGGGAACACAAUGGUCAGCAAUGGGAAUACCAAUGAAAGAGAAAGCUCAAUGCGAUUGGAAACGGUUGAACUCAGCCCUGAGGAUAUGGAUCUUAUUGAAAUUCUUUGGAAACAAGAUAUUGAUCUUGGUGUUUCUAGGGAUGCUUAUGAAUAUGACUCACGUCAGUCUUUGGAACUCGAAAAACUCAAAAGUGUUGAGAUUACAAAGGAGCAGGAUCUCUACAAUCAGCCAGAACCUGAAACAUGUGAAGAGGCUUCCCCUGUCCCAGAUCUUCUUGCUGGUCUCAAUUACACUAUCGAUUCAGAAACAGGUGAAUAUGUUAUUGAAGAAUUCUCAGAACUUACUGAUUGCCACAAUAUUGAUGAUGAGAUUCUUAAAAAAGAUGCUAAAUUGGUUGAAGCUGGUUUACUUGAAGAAAAUGGUACUUUGGGUGCCUUAUCUCAUGAUUCAUAUUUGCCUUUUGAUGAAAACAACGAAUUUUGCAAUUUUACUGAAGUAUUUUCUCCCACUCAACUGACACAGUUAUUAAAUGAAGAUAUUUCUGUUGAUUCGGAUUACUUAUCACAAAUCGAAGACCUGGAGAAAGAACUUGAACAAUUUGAGACUUUGACUGAAUCAAGUGGAACUAGCCCUACGACAGGCGAAAUGUAUCCUAACAUGGAAGACUGUUGGCCUGAUUCAACUACUAUGCUGCCAUUAUUAGCUUUUAGCAGUACACAUCCAACAUCUAUUACAUCACUUUCUCCGCACCCUAUGCAUGGUUAUCCUGGUGUUACAACUACUAGCAGCGUUCAUCUUCCAUCAACACAGCAAAACAGACCUAGUGACAGUUUCAUCGGUAUGCUGCAGAAUGUAUCCUUGGAAGUUCCUGCUACAGAAGAGGAGUUCCAUCCAACUAGUAUAUCUUCGGCAACUGGCCCUUCCAGCGUUGGAUGUGCUGUUGCAGAAUCUAUGGCAACAUUAACAAAUGAUACUGAUCCUUUGCCUAGUAAUAACAUUAUGAAUGCAGCAUAUAAUUCUGAAUUUCCAGAACUACUAUAUUCUAAUCAUACAGUAGCAGUUCCUCAUAAUGAGCUUCUUAUUUCAGAAUUACUGUUAGACGAUGAUUUGCAUUUAGUUUCCUUACCUUCAAACGGAAAUGAGGAUAAAACGCACGAUGACCAUAUGGAUACAAGCAGCGAUUCUGUUUCCUUAACAUCAGGCCAACUACCGUCUAUUUCGGACUAUGAAAGUGAGAGAAGUUUUAGCGAUGUGCAGUUUGAUCAAGUGAAUUGCAAUGAUCAGCAGUAUUUUACCAUGAAACCUUACUAUUCUGAUGUGCCUGAUAAUUGUGCUGGUGAAAAAAUCAGUUUUAACAAGAGAUUUGAUUAUUCUGUUCCAAAAUCUUCCGGAAUGAGUGCUUCUAACUUUUUGCAUCAUAAUCACUCAUAUCAUUUACCAUUUACCAGUGAUGAAUCUCGUAACAAACCCAUUACAAAAGACAAAUCGAAACCUUCAGAUGAGACUUGCAACAAGGAUGAGAAACGAGCUAAAGAAUUAAAAUUGCCCAUUAGCAUUCAUGAUAUAAUAAAUCUAGCCAUUGAUGAAUACAAUGAAAGACUUUCGAAAUAUGAAUUAACCGAGGCACAACUCACACUCAUUAGAGACAUUCGUCGGCGUGGCAAAAAUAAGGUAGCUGCUCAAAACUGUAGAAAGCGUAAAAUGGAUCAAAUUAGUAGUUUGAAGCAAGAUCUCAGUUUCUUACAAAGAGAAAAAAUGCAGUUAAAAUCCAAACAAAAUCAUCUUCUCCAGGAGAAGCAACGCUUUGAAGAUAAAUACAAGCAGCUGUAUGAUCUUGUAUUACAGAGCUCAAAUGCUAAGCCACCUAAUCCUCCUCAUAAUUUGCCUGUGCACAGAAAUGAUAGAUUGGCUCAUUCUACCAGUUCAGAACUAUUUUCUGAUGAUGAUUCGGAUCCGAAUAGAGGUACUCGAACAAAAAGAAAAUUUAAAAAAUGACAGCGACUUUUAUAGUCAAAUUUAUACAUUCAUGGAACUUAUUUAAUAUUUGUAUUUUGUGAUGUUCUCAAAUAAUGUGAUAAACAUUAUACCUCUUAACUAGCUACAUUAUUUUUUUUUUUUUCAUAUUCAUCAUCCUCAUUUUGAUUACAAACACUAUGCAAUUUUACCAGUGUUUUUGUUGUCUUUAUAUUCACUUUUACUUAUGUUGAAGAAUUUUGAAUCGGUGGCUAGAAUCUAACCGGUUAACUGGACAUGAACUAGUUUUACAUUCUUUAAUUACCUGAAAAAAUAAUUUUUCAGAAUUUUCUUGUUUAAUUAUAGUUGUUUAUAUUCUUUAAUCACAUUCACUAUCAUUUUAUGUAAAAAUCUUCAGCUAAAGUUAUGUUCACUUUUAUCAAAGUGAAACAUGAUUUGAUUUAUAGCAUAUUUUUUAAUUUCAAAAAUAGUUUUCUUGAAUAGCUAAAUUAUAUAUUUUCUAUAUAUUCAUUAUAUUAAAUUAUAUUCUAAAAUACUUUGAAAUUUCUCUAUAAUUAAUAUCCGUUACUUAAAUCCUCAUGCAUUUCCAUUUACAAUUAUUAAAUUUAUUUUAUUAAUAAAUGUGGGAAAGACGGGUCCGUCUUAAGAAAUGUGAGCGCAUUGAAGAAUGACUAGAAAUUUGAGUGCAUUGAACUAUGAACAGAAAUUUGAGUGUAUUGAACUAUGACUAGAAAUUUAAGAGCCUAUGGUCCAAUAAAAAAUAUCUAUGUAAUAUAAAUGACUGGGAUGAAAAAAAGUUACCUAUUCUCAGAUUAUCGUCUUAUAAUUUUGCAAAUCGGUGCCUUUUAAAAACUGAAUGCUGCAAACCAGCUUUCGCUACACUUCUCAUUUGUAUGAUAAAUAUUAACGAAUAUCUUGUAAAAAAAAUUCUGUUUAGUUCUAUUUCUGUAUUUGAUACAAAAAUACAGCAAUAUACUUUAAAAUUAUAAAGCUUUUACAAACACUUCGUAUUUUACCUAACAUUUUUAUUUAUUUCAUUAUAAUAUACAUUUUAAUUUACAGUGUAAGAAAAGUAUUAUAGAAGCAAACGAAUUUUAUAUAUGGAUAUUACAAAAUAUAAAUUAAUAUAACGGUAUAUUUUACUAUUAUUUAUUUUAUUGAUAUGAAUACUUAUUUUAAAUUUUAAACAUUCUAUCACUUUGUGGCAAAUUAUCAAAUUUUUUAUUUGGUCAUUAUUUUCUAAAAUGUCAUAUUCUGUUAUAUAAAAAUUUUUAAAUCAUGCAACCAUGAUUGUGCUAAUGACGAUCUUCAGCAAAUCUUUAUCUUUUUCAAUAUCUGUCGCUGUCCACUUACCAAUCCCUAAUCAUUUUUGUAAGAUCAAGUACAAUUAGCACAUUGGAUGAGACUUUAUUAAGUGAAGGAUAUUUUUCGGUAAGCUAUUAUCACGACUGACCAUUCUGUGUAAGUUCAGUCAUUUGCUAGAUUAUUUUAUAUUAUGUUUCAAAAUAUAUUAGUCAUUAAGAAUUCUCAAUUAUGAAAAAACUAGUAUCUGUCCAAAGUUUAGCACACAAAUGGAAGAAUAACGUCUGAUUAGUUCAGGAAUUUUUAGAGAUACUUUUAAAUGAAUUCUUAUGUGGAGUUAAAUUAAAAACCUUUAAAAGAAGAAAAAUUACUGUGAAGGAUUGUUUGUACAUCAUAAAACUAUGAAAUAUUUUUACUCGUUCCAAACAUUAAUUCUGAAUAAGUGUUAACUAAGUAUUCUUUUUUAUUCUUAUUUUGUAUGUAAAAUGGAAGAAGACUCCAAUUUCUUAAGAACUUAUUUGGAGAAAAUAUAUAAGUGCUAUUGAAAUUUCUUUUCAACAUCUUAUAUUAUUAAAAAUUGUCUUUGGGAUUGGGAAUAAUUUUAUAAAGUCGUAUUUAUCAGUAAUUUCUUCUUUUUUUUCAUCAAUUAUUUAGGUUCUUUGCAUUAUUUUAGCAGAUUUUUUUUAAACUUCAGAUUAUUUAUUUUUUGUUAAUGCAGGCUCUUCUAAUUAAUAUUAUGAAUUGUGGAGUAGCUUCUGCUAGUUUCUGAUACAAUAAAAUUCGAAAUAGGGACUAAACUAUUUUCCCCGUAAUUUAAUACUUGGUACUCGUUAACUUUUUUUUAUUCAAAAAUAUUUACAACAAUCUUUUACUUACAAAAAUAGUCUAUCAAUUUUUAUGAUAAUGCUCUAAAAUAAUCUAUAGGCUAAUGAAAUCUGUCUACUUAUUGGGCUGAAGUAACUUUUAGUUUGUUUGGGAAAUGGCUGUUUUAUCCCCCACCCCAUGUUUGUCAUUUUUAAAUUUGUAAACCUUGAAAUUGUAUUGAUUCUCAUUGUAUUCUUUUGUGUAUUUAAAUUUAUUGUUCUGGUGUUUGUGCACUUAUAUCCUUAAUAAAACAAAAAAAAAUUUAAGAUUUUCGGAAUGUAAUAUUAGACAUUAUGCCUUAGAAUUUUACUAGUUCUUAAUGGGUUUUAGCUUUAAAUGCACCUGCCCAUUAACAUAUAUUAUGAUAAUAUUAUUACGUAUUCACAAAUAUAUAUUCCAAUGACGUCAAUUAUUUCUAAUAGUCGCAUUUUUGUAAAAGUAAUCCAAACUUUCUUUGCAUUUUUAUCUAUGCAAUUUUAGAAGGCAUUAAACAUAGACGAAAGACAGAUUCAGCUAUAUUUCUUCAUUAUAUAGAAUUCUCUUUUAUAAUGUCGAUAUAAAACCUCUGAUUUCAUGCUGUACUUUUGACGUCAAAAGAUUUUGCUUUAAAAUUUUCGUCAUAAUUCAGAUUAUUUACAAAUCCGUCCUAUUGAGGAAAUAAAUGAAUAUUAGUACUCAUUUGUUAAAUUAUUAAUAAGUUAAAUCUAGGGAAACUAUUCUUAUGGAAAUUAAAUGUUGCUUAUGCAGUUGUUUUUCUGUUUGUUUUCUAGUGUCACAGGUGUCAGUAAGGGUCAUUUGAACGUUGGGUUUAAUUGUCUUGACUUUUAUUAAUUAUUUCCUAACAAGUUUUGUUCAUUUUUUGCUAAGGAUUUCUUAUGUUUUUAAUGUUUUAAAAUAUUUUUGUAGUAGCUGUCGAAAUUCAUUUCAUAAUAUUGUUCUGUAGAGUUAUUUUUAAAAUGUAUACUUAUUGAAUGAAUUUGUGAAUAUUUUGUGCAGUUUUAAUUCUACUAAUAAUAUUUUGUAUUCAUGGUCAGCAACUGCUGUAUGAUCUUUAUAUAUAUAUUAAGAGAUUUCUUCAACAGUGUCUGCUAAUGUAAAUCAGUACUCAAAUAAAUUCUGUGAUAUAUAUGC